AUGGUGUGGAAGUAUGCUGCAUUUGUUCAGUUCAGAUUAAAGCCAUGUGUUCUCUUUAAGACAAAAUCGCUGUUUUCAAUCAUUUUGCUGAAAGACAUGGCCCAACAGAUGAAAAGCCCAAAAAGCAAGAAGUAUACUGGGGCAACCGGGGAAGUUGCUUGUGACGUCUGUACCGAGCCGAGGCUAAGGGCUGAGAAGUCCUGUCUUGUGUGCCUGGUCUCAUAUUGUUCAGCGCACUUGGAGACUCAUUUUACAGCUAAAAGGCUGAGGGGCCACAAGCUGGUGGAACCGGUGAACAACCUGGAUGCAAGAGCCUGCCUGGCCCAUGGACGACCAUUCGAGCUGUACAGCAGGAAGCUGCAGAUGUGCAUUUGUGUGCAAUGUAUAGAAGGAGGUUGGGAGGAAGUUGUCUCAACUGAAGAGGAAUGGCAGAAGAAGAAGGCUCAACUUGAGAGCACCAAGAUGGAGUUACAAAAGAGAAUAAUGAUAAGAAAAACAAAGAUGGACGAGGUCAAUAAGGCUCUGAAGAGUUGCAAGGAGCAGCUUAACUGGUGGGAUACUGAGGCUGUGUUCACAGCUGUGAUUGCUAUAGUGGAGGCAGCCAAGGCAGAAGUAGCGAAGCCACUAAAAAUCAGGAGGCACGUACUUGAAAAAGAAGCAAAACACCUCAACGAUCAGUUGGAAGCUGAAAUCAACAGACUUGAGUCAACAGUUGCCGAAAUGGACAACAUUUCAGCCCUUGAAGAUCACAUCUAUUUCUUACAGAAGUACCCUUCUUUUUCAGUCCAGGAUGAAAUGAAAAACUGGACUAAUGUGGAUCUCGACACCUCUCUGUCUUUUGGCUUCACGAGAAAAACCACAGCAACUAUGAUUAAAAACAUUGAGCAGGAGCUGGAGAAGCUGGCGGGCAUUGAACUGAAGAAACUCCCAAAGUUCAGAGUGGACAUAAAGCUGGACCCAGACACUGCACACCAACGCCUCAUCGUUUCACCUGAUGGGAAGGCAGUACAAGAUGGAGGGGAAAACCAGGAAGUGGCUGAUACUCCUCAGAGGUUUGAUGUGUUUGGCAGCGUCCUUGGACUCAACUCUUUGACGACUGGGAAGUCGUACUGGGAGGUGGAGGUCAACAACAAGACUGGAUGGGACCUAGGAGUAGCCAGAGGCAGCGCCGACCGUAGGGGAAAGCUCUCACUGAACCCAGAUAAUGGUUACUGGGUUCUGGUCCAUUAUGAGGAGGAGAAUUACGCAGCCAUGACAGCACCUCCCAUCAGACUUUCCCUUGAAGAGAAACCCAGGAAGGUUGGGGUGUUUGUGGACUAUGAGGACGGUCUCGUCUCCUUUUAUGAUGUGACGAACCUGUCUCACAUCUACUCGUUCACCGAGUGUUCGUUUAGAGAUGAGAUCUAUCCUUACUUCAGCCCGCACUUUAAACGGGAUAAGAUGAACUCUGAGGCUUUGGUGAUUUCUACUGACAGACAUUCCGAAACUGAUUAAGGACGGACGAGUUUUUUCUCUUCAGGAUAUUUGGGGGAAAAACGAAGGAAAUCUCCCAAGAUCUUAGAGUUUCAGAGUUUGGUUUGUAUUGUUUUCUUUUUUUAAGGCAACAAACUUUAGUGGAUGUAAAAUCACAUGGGGCCACUAUGUAAUAUGGAUCUGUGGUCUGCCGAUAACUCUCCGGUAUUGUCAAUCCUCUUAAAUCAAUGUGACUUACAGGUUUCACUUUUUAUAGGUUUUUAAUCUUAGUUCAGUUAACUUUGUUCCACAUGACUUUAACACAGAUCAAGUUUGAAUUAUGCAAUGGAGGGUUUUUUAUUGCUAGGGUAACUCCUUAAUGCAACUAUGUAUUUACUCUUACUAAAAAGACUAUCUUCAGUACAGAUUUUGCAUAUUUUGCAGAUGGCAGAAAAGCUGUACCUAUACUGCUUAUCACUGGUUACCUGAAUGGUAAUGAUCGGGAAUAGUAUUUUGUCAUUAACCUACUAUAACCCAUCUAUUAACCUGUGAAGA